AUGAGCGGUGAAAAUUCCUUAUUCCCGGAGAUCGACUUCGCUGAUCUAGAUGAUAUCCUUAAUCAGCCAGUAGAUGCAGCGACGGUUGACCUGCCUUUCUCGUGGGAUAUUGAUGACACCAUCGACCCUCAGCAUUUGAACAGUACCCCAGACUUUGGCCAUACCAGUCCCGUCGUUGAUUCCUUAGACCACAACGUUACUCAAUCAGGCACGCCGUCUGGUAACCCAAGAACCCCAGAACCGAAACCCCUCACCUAUCAACCCAAGCCCGGAAAACGCCUCUCCCUGAUCUCUGUCCGCGUCUUGAACAAAUGGCUCUCAGCUCACACUCACCACCCCUACCCCACCAUCGCAGAAGUCGAAUCCAUUAUCCGACAAACUGGCCUCAGUAAACAGCAGGUUCUGAACUGGUUCGCCAACGCUCGUCGAAGGAAGAAGUUUGAGCGCGUGGAAACAGAUCAGAGUUCGGUAUCAUCAGAAGCGAGCCCGAGAGAUAUUCCACAGAGGCCGCCAACGCCAUUUGUUCAGCAGAGUCCUUUUGAGCGGUGGAGGAAUUCGCCGCCCGAGGAUGAGCCGUCUAGUAUGGCUGCCAUCGCAAGGGCUGUAUCUGGCGCUGAAGGACAUUCGGCCGAGGGUGGGGGUAUGAGAACGAGACAUGCGCCUUCUGUGACGGGAAGUUGGGCUACGAGUGCUGAAACAUCUGACUCAAGUCGGAGUUCGCACGCCUCAGCUUACUCACACGGCUCAGAUGGGUCACUAGAAUCGUUACGAAAAGUGGUCAAAAAGCGACGACGGGCUGGGCCACGCGGUAAGCGGUACGGUACUAGACAGCUUGCACAAGUGUGUCACCGGUUUCAGUGUACGUUCUGUACGGAAACAUUCAAGUUGAAGCACACAUGGACGAGACAUGAAAGAACACAACAUCUUUCGCUGGAACAGUGGGAAUGCUCACCUCUCGGACCGACAGUUCUCAACGAACAAUCUGAAUCGACAUGCGUGUAUUGUGGUAUCGUCAAUCCAGAGCCGGCUCAUUUCGAGACGCACAAUCAUGACCUAUGCCAGAAAAGGGAAAGAGGCGAACGGACCUUCUAUAGAAAAGACCAUUUGCGACAACAUCUUCGUCUUGUUCAUGGGUCCGAGUUCAGAAAAUUCCCAAUGGAAGAUUGGAAGUUCAAGCACAAAGAUGUGCUGUCACGCUGUGGCUUUUGCGAUAUCAGCAUGACGACUUGGUCUGAACGAACGGGCCAUCUAGCUGAGCACUUUAAAGAGGGCAUGACGAUGGCUGAUUGGAAGGGAAACUGGGGCUUUGAUGCUUCUACACUUGACAUGGUCGAGAACCACAUGCCUCCAUACCUUAUUGAUUACGAACGUAACUCCCCUCUCCCAUUCACAACCUCCCAAGGAGCCCCAUACAGCUCAACAAACGCCUUUGAACUCCUCCAACUAGAGCUCGACUACUUCUACUCCAACUAUCUCGACACACACCACACGAUUCCCAGCCCAGAAACUCUCCAUCUCGAAGCAUGCUGCAUAAUUUUCGGAGCCGAAACUUCUUCUACUUCAACAAGCCCAGCCUGCUCCUGGUUACGGGACCUAAUAAUGGGUACCGAACAUAUAACUGCAAAAGCAAGGAUGACACCGAUGAAAAGCGCUGCAAAGUCACGCUUUACAGAGUUGAGGAUUCAUAGUAAAAAGGAUAUUUUUGAACAUUGUAAGCUUGAGAGUGGGUUGAGGGAGUAUGUUGAUAUGCUGGGGUUGUUGAGCUUGGAGGUUGGCGAUGAGGAGCUGCAGAGGGAGGCAUGUGAGAUUAUAAAGAAUAUGGGAGGUGCUUCGCCGAUGUUUACGGGGUUGCUUGUGGGCCUGGUUGAUGCUUCGACGAGAUGGCUAGUGCCGUUUCGGUUGCGCGCUGGUCUGUCUGUUCAAGACAAUGGACAGACUGCGAGUCAGAAUAAUCCGCCGCAGCUGAAUACCCCGUCAUUCUUCGGAAAUAACGCACACGACAACCUCGCUCUUGCGCCAAGUCCCAUUGCGCUAGACCGAAAGUUUGUUUCUCUCAAUGAUGGAAACAUGUACAGAGGUCUCACGCGAGAUUUAACCCGUUACGUUGCGCGCACCAUUUCGCCGUUGAACCCAACGAGUCAUGUACCGACCGAUGAGGAACUUCAGUACCAAGCGCGAUGGAUCGAGUACGACAGCCAUGACGUGUGGAAUCAGACGCCAGCUGAUAAUGCAGAUUGGCUUGCAGAGUUCAAGAAGGAAUCAGGUCUUUUUAAGUAG